AGUACAAUAUCUGAGUACUUCUACUUUACUCAAGAACAAGAUCUGAGUACUUCUACUUUUACUCAAGAACAAGAUCUGAGUACUUCUACUUUACUCAAAUACAAGAUCUGAGUACUUCUACUUUUACUCAAGUACCUCCCCCCCCCGCCCCACCAUGUCCAACGACAGCAGCCUCCUCGGUGUCUGGGAGGCCUCCGAUUGGUCGGAAACAUCACAGUGCCCGCCCUCCGUAGGCGGAGCCACUUUCCUGAUCGUGGCAUACAGCGUUGUCAUAGCAAUAGGGUUGCUUGGCAACGCGGGACUGGUGUUCAUCAUCGCCCGGCAACAGGAGUUACGCAACGUCACCAACAUCCUGAUCGCCAACCUGUCGUGCUCCGACAUCCUGAUGUGUGUGGUGUGUCUUCCUGUCACCGUCAUCUACACACUGAUGGACCGCUGGGUGCUGGGGGAGGCGCUGUGUAAGGUGACUCCCUUCGUCCAGUGUGUGUCGGUGACCGUUUCCGUCUUCUCGCUGGUUUUGAUCGCUCUGGAGCGCCACCAGCUGAUCCUCCAUCCCACCGGCUGGUCGCCGGCUGCCGGACACUCCUACCUGGCCGUGGGUUUAAUGUGGCUGGUGGCCUGCUUCAUCUCCCUGCCUUUCCUCUCCUUCACCUUCCUCAACGACCUCAACGACCCCUUCCAGAACAUCAGCCUGCCUGCGAACCCCUUCAGGGACCAUCUGAUCUGCAUGGAGCUGUGGCCCUCCGAUCGGCACCGGCUGGCCUACACCACCUCGCUGCUGAUCUUCCAGUACUGCCUGCCGCUGCUGCUGGUGCUGCUCUGCUACCUGCGCAUCUUCCUCCGCCUCAGGAGACGCAGGGACAUGCUGGAGCGCAGCCGCAGGACUCAGGGAGCGCAGAGGAUCAACGUCAUGCUGUUAGCCAUCGUGGUGGCCUUCGCUCUGUGCUGGCUGCCGCUCACCGUCUUCAACACGCUGUUCGACUGGCACCACCAGGCGCUGCCCGACUGCCAGCACAACGCCGUCUUCUCCGCCUGCCACCUCACGGCCAUGGCGUCUACCUGCAUCAACCCCGUGGUGUACGGCUUCCUCAACAGCAACUUCCAGAGGGAGCUGAAGCUGACGCUGCAGCGCUGCCGGUGCGGCGGCGGCCCGGCGGAGAUCUACGAGAGUUUCCCGCUGUCCACGGUGGGCAGCGAGGGCAUGACCAAAGCCACCUCCCUCAACAGGAUGGGGUCGGUGUGCGUCCUGUCACCUCGACCCGAGAUCAGCUCAGCAAUACCGGCCAAAACUAUACCGGCUAACACCUGAGGAAGGAGUCUGGCUGACAGCUGAAACUUUACUGUCUUUACUUUCCCGCCAGAUUGAAACUUCCCUCUGUUGGGCUACCGUGAUGUAGCUCUACAUACAAAACACAGGAAGCUACUCUUGUAAAUGACUCUUAGCUUAACUUCCUGCCACCGUGAAGCAGCCGGAGGUGGACUGACAUAGCCUCAUGUCCAGAAAACUACAUAAGGAAUCGGGUAAAUGGACACGGAGACCAAGAGCUAAAGAGCUGCAAGAGUAACCGUUGCUAUGGCAGCUGCUACAUUCCAGAUUGAGGAUUUUGGAGGAGGUACAUUUUCCCACCAAAUUUGACCAAUCCACAAUUUCAGACAGAAGCAGAAAAAAACUGUUUCUCAGACGAGCUAGAGCUAGGCAGCUAAUUACCGUUAGCUUUACUGAGCGGAUUGAAAGAUCCGGAGGAGGGUUGAGAAGACUUGUGAGCAAACUUAACUUGUUAGCAGUGUGACAAGAGUAAAGUCUAUACGGUAUACAACUCCAUCAGGCUUUGGGAGUAAGAAGACAUGCUGCGGCUUUCUGUAUUCAGGAUAAAAAGGUAAAUGUAUCCAUUGGCGCCGAUUUAUGUUUCCGCCAGUCGGUGCUCAAAACAGUGGAAUGUCCCCCCCCCCCCCCCCCCGCUGCGUCCAUGGCAUGACAUGCACGGCACGUGGGUGCACGGCCUUCUCCGUGGGUGCUCGGGCCCGGAAGCACCCACGGAAUCGGCGCCUAAGACUGUAUCAAGCAACGGUCUCUUUCUUGAAACACGCUGUCCAGCUAAAUCGUGUUUCAACCCAACUCUCCAGAACUUCCUGCCACAGUGAAACCCCGCCUCUAACGGGCUAAUCAGCUCUGAUGUCCAGAAAACCAGAUCAAACAUUCAACAAACGGACGACACCAGCGGAGAGCGGUUUCCCGCCAAAACUACAUUUCGAAACAAUGGUCCACGAGCGCUAGCAUUAGCAGUUCAUUAAAGUUAGCUUCUGGAAAAUGUGGGUGGGGGGGGGUGAGUUGUUUUAAACCCAGGUUUGAGGAGAAACAGACACAGGGUUCAGUGUUAAGUAACAUCGUUAAAAAUGGCCCCCGUCUUCAGUAUCAACUACAGAAAACCAGCCAUAAUAAAGACAUUAUCUUGCUUUAUGAUUACUCACACGGUGGCCUCAAACGUUGUUGUUGUUGUUGUUGUUGUUGUUGUUGUUGUUGUUGUUGCUGUUGUUGUGAUUAUUAAUUUAUAAUUAAAUUUGUCCCACUUUGAAUUUGAUGCUCCAGCAAACCUUACACGUAACAAACAGGUUUCAUUUCACUUAUUUGCCGGAUGAGUCCAUCCCUUUACAAUAUGCUACUCAGAUGAAGUUAUUAACACAUCAUUAGUAAUCGUGGGUGAAUACAGGUAAUAAAGCCUCUCAACGCUGAUCGUGACCAUGUUGAAGGACUCAGGAAACAUCUCUACCAUGGAAAUUAAGAAGUGGUUGGAUUCUUGUGUUGCAGAGUUAGCUUGUUAGCGGUGUGACAAGAAUAACAUUUACGGUAUGAAACUGUAUUAUAAAGUAAUAUAUGUGGAAUUUUGUGCUAAUUUAACCCUGUUCAGGUGCUAACUGUAGACCGAGGCUAACAGAACCAGGAAAAAACUCUACCAAGGAAAUGAAGAGGCAGUUUUGUUGUUGUGUUGCAGAUUCAGCUUUGGUAUUACAGAGUGAAAAGAGUAAAAUGUACAGAAUCAAACUGCAUUUUAAGGUAAUAUCUGAAUGAAACCCUGUUUGGAUGCGAACUGUAGACAAACGUACUUUCUGGUUUAAUUCCUGGAGAGAAAAUGACGCCAACUCUGCAAAGAAGAGGAAGUCUGGAGCAGAGGAUGAACUCACACGUGUUUGAAUUGUGAUUUUCCAACCAGUAACCGGUCAUUAGGAUGUUGAUAGUGUGUAGAAAGUGUGGUGAAGAUUAUCAAUGGAAGUAAACGGGGAUCAUUGUUAUGAAAAGCUCUUAGCAUUAGAAACAGUUUCAGUGAUUAUUAAUGACGCCUUACUUCUCUCUGAUUGAGAUCAGACUCUGUGGGAAUGUUUCACAGACUGCCACAAAGCAGAUUUACCACAAAUUAUGGAUUAAAAAAAGGCAAAAGUUAAAGGUCCCUUUCUUCUCCUUUGUCUCCAACUCCAACGUUUCUAUUGCAGCUUUUAAAAUGAGGUGUGUGUCUCUUCCAGUUCCAUACAUUUUUAUUCAUUAAACAGCAACGAAAUAACUCAUGUUUGGUUUGAAUCUUCAAUAAACUGGAGGGAACGUUCUGGACUGCCGAUUCUCUGUAAACAUUAUCAAUAAACCAAGCGUGUGGUGU